GAAGUUGAAACCCAUUGUUGGUCCAUCAUGGGAGCUUACUUGUCGCAACCCAACACAGUGAAGUCCUCUUCCAAUGGGGGAAACCAAAAGAUGAGCUAUGGCUUUGCGGCCAUGCAGGGCUGGCGUGUCUCUAUGGAGGUAAAAUGGUCUAAUCAAAUUGCUAGCUGGAUUGGAUUCAGCAGCCAUUCGUUGCCAGUGUAUUGGCCAACUAGCUAGCUAUCAGCUAGCUACCAGUUAGCCAGAAUGCUAACGACAUGAUUUGGUUCAGACAACAAUAAAAAGUAUUGUAGUUGUCAGUAAUGGGCAACACGUUAUCAAACAUAUAAAACUUGGAUUAGCUAUAUGAUUCCAACCAUUAAAUGCGUGGCUUAAUAACUACCGACUUCAACAUUGACCAGCUAGCUAAGUUUUAGUUGCGCAGGAAUACUUUUUGUUUGUGGCUAACCAGAUUGUUGGCUAACUACAAAACUAUGUAGCUAGCUAGCUUUCCUGUAUGUAUUGAUAUAGAUAACUGUAAGAUGGACAAGACUGGGCCAUUAACGUUAACAAUGCAAAUGCAUCCUAAUACAUUUUCACAUUCAAGUGGCACUUGUCUGAUUUCUAUGAUGUAGCUAUUGUUAUACUGCUCAUAGAAAUGGCAUUCCAUGAGAGGAACGUUUCUUUCUUUCAACAGGAUGCUCACAACUGCAUUCCAGAACUGGAUGAUGAAACGGCCAUGUUUGCUGUGUAUGAUGGACAUGGAGGUACUGUUCUUUUUAUCCUGAAUAUUAACUUUUUUGAGCAUACCUUGAACAUAUGUUAUUUUUGUUAAUACCGGAUACUAUUAAGUUAGUUAUUCUAAGUAAUCAGUACUUGCUUUCUCAGGUGAGGAAGUAGCAUUGUACUGUUCCAAGUACCUUCCUGAUAUCAUUAAGGAACAGAAGACUUACAAAGAUGGCAAACUGCAAAAGGUGAGUGCAAGAAUGCCUUUGGGGUAGGGAAGGGAAUCCUCUUGACAUGGACAAUUGAACCUGUUGCAUAUAUGUAAGAUUGUAUAUAGAAGGCAUACCCAAUAAACAAUGUGCAAUCUCAAAUUGUUAGAAGUGAGUAACUACCAACUUUGGUUUAAGUAGCUCUAGUAUUUGUUGAUAAACUCUACUCCAUAACAGCAUACAUUUUGUCUUACGUGGGUGGAUGCAUGUCGAUGUGUUUCAGGCUUUGGAGGAUGCAUUUCUGGCCAUUGAUAGCAGGGUGACCACAGAGGAAGUGAUCAAAGAGCUUGUUCAGAUAGCUGGCCGCCCACAAGAGGAAGCACCGAAUGAAAAAGUGGCUGAAGAAGAUGAUUGUGAGUAGACUGCAGCAACUGACCAAGUGUCAUAUGUAGUUGUCAUUCCUAGUGCUUUAUUCAAAACAAAUAAUUUGUGAUUCAAACCCAUGUGUUCCUUUCCGUCUGUUAGUGGACAAUGAGGAGGCAGAACUUUUGCACGAAGAGGCCACCUUGACCAUUGAAGAGCUGCUUGUCCGCUAUGGACAGAACCUCAAUGCGAUUAAACACAAGAAACUCUGUCCGGAGGGCAAAAAAGAGUCUGGGGAAGGUGAACCACAUUCCCAUGGGGAGAAGGGCAUCAACGGGGAAGUGGAGAAUGAGAUGGACAGCAAUCGGAAGGCCAAGGCUGAUGGUGCUGGAAGUGCAGCUGGUGGUGCGGGAUUCUCCAAGCUGCGGGCCUGCAGGAGAGCAGGAGGGGACAGCUCUUCAGUGGCAGGAGCAGCAGGGUCCUGUGAAGGAGAGAAGGAAACUGGGCCCUCCUGCUCCUCCUCAGCAGCUCCGGCUCCGGGAGACACCAGCUCCAAGUUCUUUGAGGACAGUGAGGAGUCAGGAGAAGAGGAAGACGAGGAGGGCAGCGAAGAGGAGGUGAGGAGGAAGAAUUCGCCUUCAGGAGUUAAGUUCCUGUUACUCUAACUCUGGUGCACAACCCUUUGCCUGAAGAGUUACUGGGUAUUCAGGCUUUUGCCCAAACACAGUUAUUACACUCCUGAUUAAGCUAAUCAAGGUCCUGGUGAGCAGCUAUUGGUAGAAUCAGUUGUGAUAGAUUCUGGUUGGAGCAAAAGCCUGCAGAAUGACUGUUCUCCGGGAGGAGGGUUGGGCACCUCUGCUGUAACUGUCAUAUUUGCUGUUCAUAGAUUUCCCCCACUGGAUUUUUCAACAAUUAAACCGUUUAAAACCUGUUUGUAAUUGUGGAAGGAAUGCUAUGUGCGUUACUGAUGUAAUACUGUUUUUACAGGAUGGCAGUGAGGAAGAUGAAGGUGAAAACAGUGACGAGGAAGAGGAAGAAGACACUGAAGAGGGGGAGGACUCGGAUGAAGAGGAUGAAGAGAUGUGCUACCCUGGAAUGGACGGAAAAGAAGAGGUAGAAUACACUCAGCUUAAUUUAGACCCUAAGGGAAACUUAAAACCUUGAAUGGAGAGCGCUUUAUUAAAAUGAUUUUUUUAGUAGCCCUGGUUGUUGAAAGGUUGUAAUGGGGCUUUUUGUGUCUAUCUGAAGUAGAGAUUACUUUCUAUGCCUCACUAAAUGCAAAAUAUUAUUCUGGGAUGAAUCUCCCUAGCUGUGUGGUGGGUUAAUCACAGGCCCUUUAAACUGAAGGCGGCUAUUCUCAGAUAAAAGCUCACUGUGCCCCCCCCCCCCCCCCCCCCCCCGUAUUUUCCCUCCAGCCUGGCGCAGACAGUGGCACUACAGCAGUGGUGGCUCUGAUCAGAGGGAAACAGCUGAUUGUGGCAAAUGCCGGCGACUCUCGCUGUGUGGUGUCUGAGAAGGGCAAGGCCAUAGACAUGUCCUACGACCACAAGCCAGAGGAUGAGCUGGAGCUGGCCAGGAUAAAGAAUGCUGGGGGAAAGGUCACCAUGGACGGGCGUGUCAACGGAGGACUCAACCUCUCCAGGGCCAUCGGUAAAUUGAUCCUCCUCCUGCAUUUCCUAGCCCUGGCAUUUGUUUUGAUUUGAAUAAUCAGGCAUUGUUUCCAGAAAAAAAAAACUUGCUGUUUUAAGAAAAGACAUCAGAUUGAAAGGACAUAACUGAAUGGCCUUUGUGUUUUCAGGCGAUCACUUUUACAAACGAAACAAGGCCCUUGGCCCAGAGGAGCAGAUGAUCUCCUCAAUGCCUGACGUCAAAGUGCUCACCCUCAACCCAGAGCACGACUUCAUGAUCAUUGCAUGCGACGGAAUCUGGUAUAGCUCGUUUGAUCGUUUUUUUUUCUUAAAUUAGGCCAUACUUCAAUAAUCAAUGUGUGAAAUGGAUCCACAGCUAAAUUUCCCUUCAUUAAUGAGUGUCAUCCACAGGAACGUCAUGAGCAGUCAGGAGGUUGUAGACUUUGUCAGUCAGAGAAUAAAGACUAAUGCCGAUGAUGCUGCCAGGCCUCUAUCCUCCAUAGUUGAAGAAGUAAGAUAUUUCUUUAUUUUUGUUAUUAUGUAGGGACACCUCAGUUGAUGUACCUGAGAUCCAUCACUCCUCUGUAAUCAUGACAUUUCUCAUUCUUUAUUUAACAAUGAACUAGCGCUCUCAAACUUUAUUUUGUCUCCGUAGCUACUUGACCAUUGCUUGGCACCUGAUACAUCUGGAGAUGGCACAGGCUGUGACAACAUGACCUGCAUCAUCAUAACGUUCAGCGCUUACCCUGGCAACAGCAUGGCCGACGGCACCAAGAAGAGAAAGCCUGAAGAGAUUGUCCCAGAGAAGAACGGGAAUGACAGCAAAAAGUCAAAAAGCGAAUAGAACUGCCAACAAGUACAAUAAUAGCUCCAGUCCUUUUCACAAGCCAGAACUUUCCCAUCUCUGAAAAGUUUAGACCAUGGUCUCUGGGAUAGGAUGAGUUUUAGUUUAAUGUCCCGAGACCGCAGAGAAAGUAUAAAAUAAAACGGCCUCUUUGUAAUUAUUGAUUUUGCUUAACUGUCCCAUUGGAAACAUGUCCUGUGAAUCCUAGUGUACUGUUUUUGUCACCCAUGCCCUUUAUGUAUAUAAUUUUCAAUAUUUGUUGAUUGAAGAAAUGCAUCUUUGUAAUUGUGGAUCAAUGUGACAUUUGGUGCAUACUCUUGACACCAUUCUGUAAUUACAUAAAAAUACA